AUGAAAGCACAGCGUUUUGUGCUUCAACUGAUCGAUCAUGGUUAUCGAGCCCCAACUGAAACUACGGAAGAUCACACGGGGAUGGGUGCAUCAUGGUCUGAACUAACUCCGUCCCGAGAUACAGAGGUGGGCCAGAAACAUCAAGUUCGUCUGCGGAUUGGACAUGUCGGUCAAGUGAAUCUUUCCGGUCUUCUUCCGUCGCAUGUAUACACAGUCACGAUUCGCGGAGAGAACGGAUACGGUGAAGGACCUGGCUCGAUACCUGUGCAAUUCACAACACCAGAUUUAACUGUACCACAGCCAAAAGGAAUCACGAUUGAUCGGAAUUCUGGGUUCGUGCAUCUACCAGCUGACAAUCCUGCUUUAUGUGCCCAAAUUGAACGCAUGGUGCAAAAUUCGGCCAUGUGGUUACCCGUAGAAAUCCCGCAUGCUGGUUACGUUAUCCAAACUCCGGAUGGACAAUAUAAAGUCAAAUACCCAAGUGAACAUACCGUGGGCUCGAAAUACUGUGUACGUUUAAUCUGGGACAUGGAGGUGAAAAUUCCGAUGGAGGGACAAAGCGCGUACCGAAUAAAAUACUGCCAUACGGGCAAUCCAACCAGAUGUUCCACCUUUGUAUAUCCCUCCAGAGAUCUACCCGCUAUGGUUUUAUUCGCGGUUGGCGGUGCUUGCGUCUUGGCCGUGUCUAUUCUGUUUGCAUUACUGACUCACUUCGCCUGGUCCCAUUUGAAACGACGUGAAACAAAAAACCUGUGUGUGGCCACCGAUUCGCAGUCCCGAUCUUCCUAUCAUGGGUUCAACGAACCAUGGUUUACUUCGAAUAGCGUACCAGAUCAGAUAGACGAUGCCGGACUUCUCACUCAAAUCGCUCCUCUCUUACCCAAUAUCGAUCCGGUGACAUCUGUCGGUGGUCCCUUUGGCAUAGGACUGACCUCGGAUAAGCGAACCUAUGAUCAAGCUUACCACCCGAUUGGGAUCAUUUCUCCGGAAUUCACUUAUUCAGAAACUGGAAAUCGAAAGCCACCACUUUGA